AUGCCUACAUCGAGAUAUAUUGGCGCAUUUGGCGUCGAAGGGUGGACCACACGGAGUGGCACCAACCUCUUAAAGCACGGUGAUAUCGUCAAGAUCGAGCGCCAGAGGAUCCAAAUUCCCAAGGCCACGUCAUACAAAGGACACCCCAAACCCGGGCCGGUUCAACCAACCUAUCGCGUCAGUGCGGCGGCAGCCAAGAGGGUUGACGUGAUCGUUCGCUUUACCGACAGUGUUGGCAGGGAAAUUGGACGUCUGGCCAAGGAUACGGCAAACUGGGUGUCGACCUUGAUGGAUCAGGAAAUAUGCUCUUUUGAGGGGACAUGCGUUUACGCCCCCGAGAGAUUGCGCACCAAUGACACUGUCUUCCUGCAACUUCGCUGCUCGCUUCUGAAAUCAGCUUUUUGCCGGGAAUUUCACGUCGCCGAUAACAGGACAACCGGCCAAUUUGAGGAAACCGAGAGCUCGGAGGAAAAGGACCUGCGGCUGAGACAAGUGGCACUUGUUAGGCUUUUUCAAGAGAUCAAUCUUCUUCCAACAAGAGGGAACGCAGCAGCAGCACAGAAUCAACGGCAAGGUCUACUCGAUGCAGCAGAAAUGGCUGAGAGCAAGGAAAAGGAUAAACCAAGAACUCAAGGCCAGGGCGGUACUGCUGCAUCUUCUCCUUCGGAUGACAAUGAAGAUGGCGAGGAGCUUGAACAAGACCAACUUGACGCCCUCUACAAAAAAGCACAAUCAUUCGAUUUUAGCACCCCCGAAGCAGAGCCUGCUGAUACCUUUCGUCUCACACUACGUCCAUAUCAAAAACAAUCACUUCACUGGAUGAUGGCGAAGGAAAGGAACGUCCAGCGCGAAGAGCGCGAAACAUCCAUGCAUCCCUUGUGGGAGGAGUACGGUUGGCCCACAAAGGAUCACGACGACAAGGAGCUUCCGAACGUUGCCGACCACCCUACCUUUUACGUCAAUCCAUACUCCGGGGAGCUGUCUUUGCAGUUUCCACGGCAAGGCCAACACUGCCUUGGCGGGAUUCUGGCUGAUGAGAUGGGGUUAGGCAAGACGAUCCAGAUGCUCAGUCUCAUACACACACACAAGUCCGACACUGCGAUCGCCGCCCGCCAAGGCAAUCGAACGGCAUCAUCAGUCAAUCAGCUCCCGCGUCUCCCUUCGCUGCAAACAUGCGAGACUGUCUCAGAUGCCCCAUGCACGACCUUAGUCGUUGCGCCCAUGUCACUCCUCGCGCAGUGGCAGAGUGAGGCUGAGAAUGCUUCCAUGGAGGGUACCUUGAGGUCCUUGCUGUACUAUGGCAAUGAAAAGAACGUCGAUUUGCUGGAGCUUUGCUGCGAAGCCAACGCCUCAAACGCUCCGGACGUGAUCAUCACUAGCUACGGUGUGGUACUUUCUGAAUUUACUCAGAUGGCAACCAGGCCUAGCGGCAAGGCCGGCAGUCGUGGUCUCUUCUCGCUAAACUUUUUCCGUGUCAUAUUGGAUGAAGGUCACAGCAUCAAGAACCGCCAAUCCAAGACGGCCAGAGCCUGCUAUGACAUCGCCGCAACGCACCGGUGGGUGUUAACGGGGACACCUAUCGUCAACAAACUCGAGGAUCUCUUCAGUCUCGUCAAAUUUCUCAAGGUCGAGCCGUGGAACAACUUUUCCUUCUGGCGGACAUUCAUCACAGUACCAUUUGAGUCCAAAAACUACAUGCGGGCAUUGGAUGUUGUCCAGACGGUCCUAGAGCCGCUCGUCAUGAGGAGGACGAAGAAUAUGAAAACGCCAGACGGGAAGGCCUUAGUGGCCCUCCCACCCAAGCAGAUCGAGAUUAUAGACAUUGAGCUCUCCAAGGCGGAGCGUGAUGUUUACGACUACAUCUUCACCAAAGCAAAACGUACCUUCUUAGCCAACGUCGAGGCCGGCACUGUCAUGAAGGCCUUCACCAGCAUUUUUGCACAAGUUCUCCGGCUUCGCCAAUCAUGCUGUCAUCCCAUUCUUGUCCGCAAUCGAGAGAUCGCUGCUGAGGAGGAGGAAGCCGGUGCUGCUGCAGAUGCCGCAGCCGGACUUGCAGACGAUAUGGACCUUCAUUCUCUAAUCGAGCGUUUUACGGCGACGACGGACGAUACGACCGACACCAACGCCUUCGGUGCUCAUGUACUCGGCCAAAUCCGUGACGAGGCCAUCAAUGAAUGUCCUAUUUGUGCCGAGGAACCGAUGGUUGACCAGACCGUGACUGGAUGCUGGCAUUCCGCUUGCAAGAAUUGUCUGUUAGACUACAUCAAACACCAGUCUGACCAUCACGAGGUCCCCCGCUGCUUCCAUUGCCGCGAGGUCAUUAACUCGCGAGAUCUGUUCGAAGUUGUCCGAUAUGACGACGACCCAGAUGUUAGUGGGGUCGACCAGGGGCCGCGCAUCACUCUCCAACGGCUUGGGGUCGGCAACUCCUCCGCGAAGAUUGUUGCGCUAAUCAACCAACUCCGUGAACUCCGCAGGGAAACCCCGACUAUCAAAUCAGUCGUGUUCAGUCAGUUCACAUCUUUCCUCUCCCUCCUCGAACCGGCUCUUGCGCGAGCCAACAUGCAUUUUGUCAGGUUAGAUGGAUCCAUGACUCAGAAAGCGCGCGCUGCCGUUCUUGAAGAGUUUAAAGAAUCCAAGAAGUUUACAAUUCUUCUCCUCAGCCUGAAAGCUGGCGGCGUUGGCCUCAACCUGACGAGUGCCAAGAGGGUGUACAUGAUGGACCCCUGGUGGAGCUUUGCUAUCGAAGCACAGGCUAUUGAUCGAGUCCACCGAAUGGGCCAGGAGGAUGAGGUAAAGGUCUACCGAUUCAUUGUAAAAGAUAGUGUGGAGCAAAGAAUGCUCAAAGUACAGGACCGCAAGAAGUUCCUCGCAACAUCACUUGGUAUGAUGUCGGAUGAGGAUAAAAGAAUGCAGCGGAUCGAGGAUAUGCGAGAGCUGCUUAGCUAG